ACAGCAUCAAUGGCGGAUCAGUCAGCGCCGCCGCUCGUGGCCGCCAGUCCGCGUCGGUUUGCAUUCGAUUGGAAGCCGCUGAUCUCAGCUUACUAUGCUGUCAAUGCACUGAUUGCGCUGUUCCUGGUGUGGGGCAAGUGGGUGCCUGUCCCGUGGAUGAGCGGCCAAGUGGACCAAGUCUUGAACUGGACGCACACGGAUGGCACUUCACGAGAGCGUUAUGUGACGACGUUGGUCUGCGUCGCCUUCUUGAUCCAAGCACGGCGCAAUCCGUCCAUCAUGGCGUAUCUGAGCAGCGCAAUGGCGGCUGGGAAAGUGUACACGCUGCUGGCCUUGUACUUGCGGUUGCCAAGCUCGAUGCUGUGCUGGGCGUACAGCGUGGUUUGCAUUGUUUCGUUCGUCUUCCUCCGCCAACCGGAGGCAACGCUGCGCGCAAAGUCUAGCAAGCUCGACCCCAAGCAACUUCGGCAGCUCUUUUUGAUUUUCGGUCCGGACGACUAUCUCUUGCUCGAGCUGACGAUUCCGUGGCAAACGCGCUCGCAAGCCCUCGUACCCGCCAUCGCUGAAGUGAUUGCCCAAACCCCAAAGCAUGGAAAAGUGGCGUUCGCCCAUCUCGAUGUGGCCCGGUAUCCAGCUCAGGCUACGCAGCUGAGCGUUGACAACAAUGCGAAUGGCGUGGCGAUUCCAGCGCUCGUCUUGUUCAAGGGCAACAAGGAAAUCCAGCGCUCGACCAGCGUUCCAGUACAUCUGGGCACUGCUGCGCUUUCGAGAUGGAUUCUUUCCGAGUUCAAGUUGAACGAGAUCAAUUCCAGUUCUUGAAUGAAUGCUUUUUAUGGGGAAGCUUCUUUUUUUUGGACCUGUUGAAUGUAUUAAACCAUUUUAUUCUAGGAGAUCGACGAACGCGCAAAAAU